AUGUCUGAAGGUGACGUCCAGCCUCCCAAGAAGGGCCCUGUCGUGGCUGAAGCCCACGAGGUCGACACCUUCCAUGUUCCCAAGCCCUUUUUCACGAAAGGCCCCGGCCAAGCUCACAUUAAGGACCUCGACGAAUACUAUGCCAUGUACAAGGAGUCCAUCGAGCAGCCGGAUAAGUUCUGGGGAAAGAUGGCCCGAGAGCUUCUGGACUGGGACAAAGACUUCAAGACCGUCCGCUCUGGCUCUUUUACCAAUGGCGACGCCGCCUGGUUCUUAGAAGGCCGUCUCAACGCCAGCUAUAACUGCAUUGAUCGCCAUGCCAUUAAAAACCCCGACAAGCCUGCCGUGAUUUACGAGGCAGAUGAGCCAGGCGAGGGCCGCGUACUCACCUACGGCGAGCUCCUCCGCGAAGUGUCACGAGUUGCCUAUACCCUGAAGCAGAUGGGUGUCAGGAAAGGCGACACUGUUGCGCUCUACCUCCCCAUGAUUCCCGAAGCGGUCAUUUCCUUCCUCGCCGUCACCCGUAUUGGUGCCGUGCACUCGGUUGUGUUCGCCGGCUUCUCGUCCGGCUCACUGGCGGACCGGAUCAUUGACGCCAACUCCAGAGUCAUCAUCACCACCGACGAAGGAAAACGUGGCGGCAAACUGAUUGGCACCAAGAAGAUUGUGGAUGAAGCCCUCAAGAAGUGCCCAGGUGUCACUCACGUGCUCGUCUACCAGAGAACAGGGGCGGAUGUACCCUGGACAAAAGGCCGAGACUACUGGUGGCAUGAAGAGACCGCGAAGUACCCCGCCUAUAUUCCCCCAGAGUCCAUGGCCUCUGAGGAUCCGCUGUUCCUGCUAUACACAUCGGGCUCCACCGGCAAGCCCAAGGGUGUCAUGCACUCGACCGCAGGGUAUCUGAUUGGCGCUGCAGCGACCGGCAAGUACGUUUUCGAUAUCCACGACGAUGACGUCUUCUUCUGCGGUGGCGAUGUCGGCUGGAUUACCGGCCAUACCUAUGUCGUAUACGCACCCCUCCUCCUCGGUGUCGCGACAGUCGUUUUUGAGGGCACACCAGCUUACCCCAACUUCUCCCGCUACUGGGACGUCAUCGACAAGCACAGCGUGACACAGUUCUAUGUCGCCCCGACUGCCCUCCGCCUGUUGAAGAGAGCUGGUGAUGAGCAUAUCCACCAUCAACUGCACAAGUUGCGAGUUUUGGGCUCGGUCGGUGAGCCCAUCGCAGCCGAGGUCUGGAAGUGGUAUUUCGAAGCUGUCGGCAAGGAAGAGGCUCACAUUGUUGAUACCUAUUGGCAAACCGAGACUGGCUCUCAUGUGAUUACACCGCUGGCCGGUGUGACGCCUACCAAACCCGGCAGUGCUUCACUGCCUUUCUUCGGUAUUGAACCCGCCAUCAUUGAUCCGGUCUCCGGUAAGGAAAUCGAGGGCAAUGAUGUUGAAGGCGUUCUGGCAUUCAAGCAACCGUGGCCGAGUAUGGCGCGAACUGUUUGGGGUGCACACCAGAGAUAUAUGGACACCUACUUGAACGUGUACAAAGGUUACUACUUCACUGGUGACGGCGCUGGACGUGACCAUGAAGGUUAUUACUGGAUCCGGGGCCGUGUCGACGACGUUGUCAAUGUCUCCGGACAUCGCUUGUCCACCGCAGAAAUUGAGGCUGCCUUGAUCGAGCAUGAAGGUGUUGCAGAAGCUGCCGUGGUCGGUAUCAACGACGAACUUACUGGCCAAGCCGUCAACGCAUUUGUGUCACUCAAGGAUGGCGUUGAUAGCGGUGAACAGACACGCAAAGACCUCAUCCUUCAAGUGCGGAAGUCUAUUGGUCCAUUUGCAGCGCCAAAGGCCAUAUUCGUUGUUGACGAUCUCCCCAAGACCCGUUCCGGCAAGAUCAUGAGAAGGAUUUUGAGAAAGAUCUUGAGCGGCGAGGAAGACAGCCUUGGAGACACCACGACACUCAGCGACCCAAGUGUGGUUGACAGAAUCAUUGAUACAGUCAAGACGUCGAAGAAGAAGUGA